CAAAGGGAACCAGCGUUGGUCCCCGCGACCCAGUGUCCCGGACCCCGCAGCUCCCAAAUCCGCCGCCCGAUCCUCGAAGGCAGCGGGGACGCCUCGGGGACACGGGACGGCUGCGCCAUGACGGCCGAGAGCGGGCCGCCGCCGCCGCCGCCGCAGCCGGAGGCGCUGGCGGCCGUGAAGGAGGAGCGCGGUGAGGCGGGGGCCGGCGGGGUACCGGCGGAGGCCGCAGGUCGCGGCGCCGGUGGGCGGCGGCGGAAGCGCCCCCUGCAGCGGGGCAAGCCGCCCUACAGCUACAUCGCGCUCAUUGCCAUGGCCAUAGCGCACGCGCCGGAGCGCCGCCUCACUCUGGGCGGCAUCUACAAGUUCAUCACCGAGCGUUUCCCCUUCUACCGCGACAACCCCAAAAAGUGGCAGAACAGCAUUCGCCACAACCUCACUCUCAACGACUGCUUCCUCAAGAUCCCGCGCGAGGCCGGCCGCCCGGGAAAGGGCAACUACUGGGCGCUCGAUCCCAACGCCGAGGACAUGUUCGAGAGCGGCAGCUUCCUGCGCCGCCGCAAGCGUUUCAAGCGCUCUGACCUGUCCACUUACCCGGCUUACAUGCAGGACGCGGCCGCCGCCGCCGCCGCCGCUGCGGCCGCCGCCGCCGCCGCCAUCUUCCCGGGUGGGGUGCCCGCUGCGCGCCCUCCUUACCCUGGCGCGGUCUAUGCAGGCUAUGCCGCACCGUCGCUCGCCGCGCCGCCCCCGGUCUACUACCCGGCUGCUUCGCCAGGCCCGUGCCGCGUCUUCGGCCUGGUGCCUGAGCGGCCGCUCAGCCCAGAACUGGGCCCCGCGCCAUCGGGGCCCGCCGGUUCCUGCUCCUUUGCCUCGGCCGGCGGCUCUGCCGCUAGCACCGCUUACCAGCCAGCCGGCUGCGCCGGUGCCCGACCCGCCAACACUUCCGCCUAUGCGGCCGCCUAUGCCGGCCCCGACGGCACGUACUCGCAAGGGGCCAGUGGGGCCCUCUUCGCAGCGACUGGCCGGUUGGCCGGGCCCGCUUCGCCCCCCGCGGGUGGCAGCAGCGGCGGCGUCGAGACUGCGGUGGACUUCUAUGGGCGCACAUCGCCGGGCCAGUUCGGAGCGCUGGGGCCCUGCUACAAUCCUGGUGGGCAGCUUGGAGCGGGCGGUGGAGGCGCCUACCACGCUCGCCACGUGGCUGCCUAUCCAGGCGCAGUGGAUCGGUUCGUGUCCGCCAUGUGAGCGGAGCAUACAGGCGAAAAUUCAUAGAUACCUCGACUGUCCUUACGAACUAAGUAUCCAGGAAACCUGAGGACAGGACUGGACAGAGGGCCGAAUUGAGAACCAUGUGGCAGGGACCGAGCCGGCGUGACAGGCGCAGACUCCCGGUGCACCGCGUACACCGGGCGCCUACCGGGCGGCUUUGAAAAUGGGAGGUGGGGAGAAGCGUCCGAGGCCCAUGGACUAGGACAAUAGACUCUCAUAGAGGCGCAGCUCCAAAGGUCUUGCCUUUGACAUUCUACCGGGGAGGGGCCCUUAGCUCUAAAGAGGGCACAAGGUAGCAUCGCGUCUACUCCAGAGUCUAGAGGAAUGGUGGAGAAUCACAUGAUUUCACUCUUCCCUGUACUUUUCGAAACUCUUUUUACACAGUUCGACUUCUUGUGCCUUUGACUACCUUAUUACAAUAAAAGACUCCUAUAGCAUCUUCCUACAUAAGGUGAGGAGGACAAAUUUGCAAAAGAAGUAACUUUUAUUAAAAAAAUGGGAAAGAUCUCUGUUUAGCUUGAUGGAGGCCUGCUUUCCCAGCCUCUGAGAACUGCAAACCUGGCUCUGAAUCUGGACUGUGCUGGGUUGCCACAGUGUGACCCAGUUCCAUCACUCACACCCCGCAGUGUUCCCAUGUGAUAUACAAGAGGGCUGCAGAAUCCAGCCGUGCCCCAUAUGAUCUUUAAGGGCCCAUGAGGGUUGCUGCCGCCCUGCAUAUUUGGCAGCAUGGGUGGGCCACCCAAGGCCUAACCUUACUCCAGGGAAUGGGAACAGAGCUCAUGGCAAGCAACUCUGGAUUAGCUCCAGGCCCCGAUUAUGUCAUAAUUUCUUGAAUCUUUUCAGCAUGAUGUGCUGAUCAUUCGGCAGCUAUUACUGCUGGGUCAUAAAUGUGGUUUUCCAAUGAGGCAGGUAGAAAUACAUUUGUCCAUUGCCCACCCUUUCUUUUCAUUAAGCCCUGGACCCAGUGGGUGAGUUAAAAGUCACAGAGAUGACAAAACUCUCUUGAGUCUCUUGGUGACAGCUUUCAUUUUGUGGGCUGCCCCUUCCAUCCCUGGCACCUUUUGCCACACCUCAGUAGCCUCCUCAUGCAAAAAAGAAAGAGAAAAACUAACUGGGGCAGUCAGUUAGGCAGGCUUUAGAAAGAAACUGGUAUUUAACUUUGUUUUGUUUCCGUUUAUUUCUUUUAAGCUACAAGAUGACCAAGAUCAGAAAAAAAUAAUAAAUCCAACCAUUUCCCCCCCUUUCUCAGGAGAUAUCUUGUAAGUUUUGAUUCUGGAGCAAAACUUUCUAGCAUUAAAUAUUUCAGAGGCUCAUUGUGCAGUUUCAGAUAAACUUGAGUGUUCAUAUGAACUGUUUCUAAUAAAGAUCUUUGAGUAAGUGAGUUCUGGCAAAAGAAAGGCAGCCUCUUUCUGCGUAAUUUACUAGGGAAGAGUUGGGGAGUGUGGGAAAGAAGACUAAAAACCAUUGGUAAUUUUUAUUUUUAAUUUUGCGGAUUGCUCUGUCCUGUUCACAAAGACACGUGAAUGUGAUUCAGUCCAGACGGGUAUCUGUCUAAAAAGUGCUGCCCAAUAGAAGUAUCACGCAAGCUGCCUGUAUAACUAAGAUUUUUCUGGUAGCUGCAUUUGUUUUAAAAACAAGUGAAAUAGUGAGAUUAAUAAUAUACUGUAUUUAACAUAGUUUGUCCAAACUAUCAUUUCAAGGUAUAAUCAGUGUAAAAAUUGUUGAGGUAGUUUAUGUUUUUCAUACUAAGUCUUCAAAAUCUGGAGUGUAUUUUACACUUCAGUUCAGUUCAGUCGCUCAGUCGUGUCCGACUCUUUGCGACCCCAUGAAUCGCCUAAGUUUGGACUAACCACAAGCCAAGUGCUCAAUAGCAGUGUGUGGUUGAUGGCUACAGUGUUAGCACGAGUCUAGACACUGGUCCUUCCUGACUCUGAUGGUAGUAAUGGUCCACCUGGAGGCAGGGAGCAGCUGCAUCACUGACCCUACCACCAGCAGGUCCAGAUUUCAGACCUAGCCCUGUGACCUUGGAAAUGCCUAGGUGUUAGGCCUCCCUUAUCUCCCUAUGGAUCCUUGCAGGUUGAAAUUCAAAGGUUCUCACGUGCAGCUAGACAGUCUGGCUCUCCCUGACAGAAAUCAGGAUGCCUUGCCUAGCUGGCUGCUGCUGCUGCUGCUGAGUCGCUUCAGUCGUGUCUGACUCUGUGCGACCCCAUAGACUACAGCCCUUCAGGCUCCCGGUCCCUGGGAUUCUCCAGGUCAAGAAUACUGGAGUGGGUUGCCAUUUCCUUAGCUGGCAGUAGUCAGAAAUUGAAACGCUUCCACCCCAGGGUCUUGUCCUUGGCUGCCUAAAGCCCAGCUAGGGGAUUAGGGCUGGAAAAUGGCAGUCUAUGCGCCCCGUUAAUGCGGUGGUUGACCCUUUCUCUGUGUUUUAUUUAGCAAAUCCAAUGCUUUGACAGCGCCAUUAACGAGUCCCUUCUCUCGGGUCCUCAUUUGUGAGUAGGAAUUUGUGACCCCUCGCUCAGAGUCCUGAAGUUAAACGAAUCAAGAGAGGUAGAUACGCUUUGUAAACUGUAAAGCGCUUGGCACACGAGGGAAGAAGGGCUUUACAAUUAAAAAGCGCCGCCUUAUCCAGAAGCCUCCUGGAGCGUCGAGGUAAAACCCGGGUGAAGGAGAAAGAUGGAGAGGCAAAGUGCACAAAGUCUUCACUCCCAACUCUCUCUGGAAACUGGGACGACAGGUGAGAUGGCGCCAAAAGCCAGAGUAUGUGAUGGGAGAGGGGGAGCUGCGAGUUGGGAACCGGGCGCGCGCAGCGAGAGCCCCGAAAGACAGCGGGACUCUCGAGGUUUUGGAGAACGUCGGCGCUUUUCGGCCUCCUGCCUGCCGGCGGCACCAAAUCUCGCGGGCCAUCCGGGGGCUUCAACCACAGACGGGCCGAGCCGAGCCGACCCUCCACGCGGCCGAGCCGUCCGCGCGAUUCUAGGACCUUGAGAGCAUUCACGGCUGCGUCUACCGACAAUCCAACUCUCCGAACCCCAAACCGCGAAACAGGACCUCCCCGUCUAGGGGCUCAGAGUCGGGAGGUGCGUUUCUCUUUUUUUCUUCUUCCUAUCUUGAAACCAAAAAAAUCGUGUGCCCCUCUCUGGGCCCUGCACCCCCAGCGUCGUGUGCAGGCGCCCCCCGGGCUGUGGGUAAUUAGAUGCGUUCUUCUCUAAUUUCCCAAGGCUCGUUAGAAUUCGCCCCAGAGCUGUAACAUUUAUUUUCUUUCAAAUUAACUUUGCUUGCAAUUAAGUUUAAGAAACCAGCAACAAAAGGAGUCUUGGCCCGAGGUCGUUUACUACGAAAACGGAUUAAGGAAUCUUCCCCGGUUUAAGGGGAAAGAUUCCUGCAGCGCUAGGGGAAGCGUUCCCACAGCAGCGGCCAAGGGGGUGUAGGAAGCUGCUUUCCGCGGCUGUGGAUGGUGACGGCAUCGGCUUCCUCAACUCGACGACCCGUGCGCCUGAAAGAGUAAGGGUAACCUCGCUGAAAUGAACUCGUGAGCGUUUGGGCUGAAUUCCACAGUCAUGACAUGAAGCUGCUGUACACAGUUAUAGUUUAUCCAGAACACUCAUAAACAUAAUCUCAUUUACUAAGAACUUUGUGAGAAUU